UAAGAAAAGCCAAUUAGAAAUAUGGAACUCCAACUCAACACUAACCUAUUCUUCUUCCUCUUAACAACAAUCUUACUGGCUUCCACCACCGCCGGCCACCCUUUCUUCCCUUCUACCGAAGACACCGACUUCAUUCGUUCAAGCUGCAACACAACUCUGUACCCUGACACAUGCUUCAACUCUCUCUCUGGCUACUCCGGCACUGUUCACCAUGACUCCGGCCGCCUCGCCAAGGUGGCUAUUCAUGUAGCUCUAUACAACGCCACCGACAUGAGCAAUUAUGUAUCCAACCUAUCCUUACACUCAGACUACAGAAACACUAAGGAAACCGCCGCUAUCCACGACUGCUCAUCGUUGUUCCAAGACGCUGUAGACGAAAUCCAGGAUUCGUUCAAUGAAAUGAAGCGUCUUGGUUGGACGGGGGAGUCGGUGAAGUUCCAGUUAAGUAACGUGCAGACGUGGAUGAGCGCAGCCUUGACCAACGAAGAGACGUGUACGGAUGGGUUUGAGGAGGUGGCCGACGGCGUCAUGAAGGCGGACGUUUGUAGUCGUGUGGUGGCGGUUAAGGAGGUGACGAGUAACGCUUUGGCUUUGGUUAACCAUUAUGCAGAUAAAGUAGCGGCGUAAUUUGGUUGACGAGCGGUUAUUAAAGUUUCAGAUCGAAUACAACCUCGUCAAUCACACUUUCUUUUAAAAGAUAGAUCGCCGUUUACCCCUCACAUCCAUCGGCGACUCCAUUCCUUUUCAUGUACGACUUCAUCUUCUUUCAUGAGAACAAAACUCAACAAAGAAUACAUUCACCACAGACAAGCCUUUUCUCAUGUCCUUUAUCGUCAUCAUUGUUCCUCCUUUCCUCGUCGAUAUAUAUAUAUCUGAUUGAGUAUAAUCACACAAAAAACUACAAUAAUAAAUAGCAAGCAUAUGAAGAAAUUUAUGUAGAUGGGAAGAGAAUAUCAUACCCAUGAAUUCUAAGGUAUCUGUAAUUUGGGUGCUCGGUCGAUGAU